UGGGUACCCUCCCCCUCCCUUUCGGCCUUCACCCACCCGUCCUCUUCCCCCCCCAAAAAAUUCUUCUUCACCCAAACAUUCGGCUUCAUAACAAUGUCCCCUACCCAAGAUGAGACGACCGUCCAGGUCAACAAGGAUGAGCUCAGACGCGCUGGUGAUUUGAUCGUCAUGCGUCUGAUGGAGGUGCAAUCCUACAUCGCCGAUCUGGGCAAGGCCUACAUCCAGCAUGUGAACAACAUCACCGAGGGCCGUGAUGCUACCAUUGAACUCCCCGCUGGUCCCUCCGGAUUCACUGCCCAUGAUAUUCCUUUCCGUGCCGGCAGCCCCGGUGCCAAGUCCGAGGCCGGUGGUCCCAAGAAGCGCAAGCGUGCUCCCGUGGACCCCAAUGCCCCCAAGCGUGCCCUCACCCCUUACUUCCUGUACAUGCAGCACAACCGCAGCAAGAUCGCCGAGGAUCUGGGCAAUGAUGCACGCCCCAAGGAUGUUGCCGACGAGGGCACCCGCCGCUGGCAGAGCAUGGAGGAUGUUGAGAAAGAGAUCUGGAAGAAGAUGUACGCCACCAACUACGACCAGUACAAGCGUGACAUGGCCGCCUACAAGGCCGGCCCCAAGGCCGACGAGGAGCACGAGGAUCCCGCCGCCAGCCAGUUGCAGCAGGACUUUGCCGGUGCCGAGGCCGAAGAGGCCGAGGAAGUCGAGGAGUCUGCCGAUGAGGAGUCCACCGAAUCCUCAUCCGAGGAGUCGCAGCCCCCCUCUCCCGUGCGAGAGAAGACCCCACCCCGCAGCAACGCUAAGCGCCGUCGCAGCGACGCCAAGCCCAAGGAGACCGAGACUCCCGCCAAGUCGCCUGUCAAGCGGGGCCGUAAGGCAGCGGAGCCCGUUUCUGCCAGCAAGGAGAAGACCCCCGCUGAUAACAAGCGCAAGGGCAAGAAGCGCAAGAGCGAGUUGUAA